UGCGGCACCGAGCGCCGGGCGCUAUGAAGCUGCAGUCCCCCCAGUUCCAGGCGCUCUUCACGCCGGGGCUCCGCAGCUUGGCAGAAUUGUUUGAGAAGAAGAACUACGAGCUGAGAAUAGCAGGAGGUGCUGUGAGGGAUUUACUAAGUGGAAUGACACCACAAGAUAUAGAUUUUGCCACUACAGCUACACCAGCAGAGAUGAAGGAAAUGUUCACAUCUGCUGGUGUUCGUCUGAUCAAUAACAAAGGAGAAAAACAUGGAACCAUUACUGCCCGGCUCCAUGAACAGAAUUUUGAAAUUACUACUCUUAGAAUAGAUGUUGUCACCGAUGGACGACAUGCGGAGGUUGAAUUCACCACUGACUGGGAAAAAGAUGCUGAAAGGAGGGAUCUGACUGUCAAUUCCAUGUUUUUAGGUUUGGAUGGGAUGCUGUAUGAUUUUUUUAAUGGAUAUGAAGACUUGAAAAACAAGAAAAUUAGAUUUGUAGGAAAGGCAACUGAGAGAAUACAAGAAGAUUAUUUACGAAUCCUGAGAUAUUUCAGGUUUUAUGGAAGAAUCGCAGAAAAACCUGGUGAUCAUGAACCUAGUACGCUGCAAGCAAUUAAAGAAAAUGCUAAAGGUUUGGCUGCAAUAUCAGGAGAAAGGAUUUGGGUGGAACUGAAAAAAAUUCUUCUUGGAAACCAUGUAAAUCAUUUGGUUCGACUUACGUAUGAGCUGGAUAUUGCCCAAUACAUAGGACUACCACUGGAUGGAAGUUUAGAGGAAUUUGACAGAGUCACUAAAAAUAUUCAAAAUCUGUGUCCAAAACCGAUGACUGUUCUGACAUCACUGUUCAAGGUGAAGGAUGAUGUCACAAACCUUGAUCUGAGGCUGAAAAUCUCAAAAGAAGAAAAAAACCUUGGCCUUUUUUUAGUGAAGCACCGGCAAGAGUUAACAAAAGCUGUGGGUCCAGAACCACUUAGACCAUAUCAGGACUUCAUAAUGGACUCUAGAGAAGCUAAUACAAAUUCCAAGAUCUGUGAGCUUCUAAAAUACCAAGGAGAAGAACAUCUUUUAAGAGAAAUGCAGCAAUGGACUGUUCCAUCUUUUCCUGUUAGUGGCCAUGAUUUAAGAAAAAUGGGUGUGUCUUCUGGAAAAGAAAUUGGAACAGCGUUACAGCAGUUAAGGGAUGAAUGGAAGAAGAGUGGAUACCACAUGGAUAAGGAAGAACUGUUAAGUUGCCUGAAGAAGUUGUAAAAUUGAAUAAUAGUAGAGAACUGUUUGUGCCCUGUUCUAAGUGUAACUGAGACACCAGUAAAUAAUUCCCUCAGUGUUGUCGCAGCCAAUAUAGCAUUUGUCAUAUUUAAGAUCUUCAGACAGCACGGUUCUCCUGUUACUAAUUCGUAAUUUUUGCAAGGAGAAGUUUAAUUUUGUAGUAAUGUAAAAGGUUAUUUGCCAAAUUCCACGGUCUCUACCUCUUUUUAUUGUAUUUUAAUGAUAAAUAUUUAACUACUUUAUCUUGACUCCGGGCAUUAGAGGUGAUAACAAGAUUUUUCUCAUUCUGACUUUGCUACAUCUAAAAGGAAAAAAACCACCAACCGAAAAAAGGUGUUUCUAUCCUCUAGAUAAAAUCAUGGGGGUUUUUUGUGCCUAGGAGCGUGAUGAAGUGUCUAGAAGUAAUGAGCUCUAAAUCUUUUUGUAGUUAAAGCUAGAUACCCGAUUGAAAUACUCACUCCAGCAGUUCCCAAACAGUCUUACUGUGUAAAACAAGUCUGUUUUCUUAAAAGAUUUUUAUUUUCCAUAAUUCCAGAACCAAUUUUAGAUUAAAAGGAUGACUUAGCUGAGUCAGCGUCAUGAACUUCUUCUCUCUUCAGUGGUUUAUCAGUAACUUGUUUAUCACUGAGUAACUAAAUCCAUAGAAAACUGGCCAAGGGUUCUACAGUAUGUUUUCAACUUCGUGUGUGAAACGUGCUAUUCAUGUUAAUAGUAGAAGGGAAGGGAGAUCCAGGUUCCCUGCCUUUCCCCCCGCCGUGUCUGGUAGCUGACUCAGGCUUUCUUUCCUUUUUCUUUCCCAGUGAUGCACAAGCAGAAUUGAGGUGAUGGUGUGAGUUUGCCUAAACAGAGUGAACCUGAGCGAAGUCCUGUGGCUCUGUCACCUUCGGAGUGCUAACGCUCUCGAGAAAGCGACGGUUUGCCUUCAGUAUUUCUCCCCGCACCUUUUCCCCUAACUCACAGCAGUCAGACCCAGAGGCAUUCACCUCCUCUCUGAUUUGCAGGCAUUCUGUUUAACUCAGUAGGAUUAUUUUGGGAAGAAGUCUUAACGUCCCUACUGCUGUCAGGCCAGGAUCUUCCCUGUGUUGCUUCUGUGGUAAUUAGCCUUAGAGUUCUUCUAUCUGAACAGAUCCACAUUAAAAAUGCACUCUGCAUUCAGUUCAAAAGGAAAUUCUAAACAAUUUGACCCUUCAAAAUUAAUAAAGAAAUACAUCGAUAACAUUUUGGAAGAUAUGAGAAGGGGGUUGACUAUUAGUUAAAACUCAUGGGGGAAGGAAAGCGAGACAAGGAGGGAGUUGUUGGCAUGUAGUACCAAAUAACUCAUAGCGGGCUCAGUGAAGAGUUUGUAGUCUGGACGGUAGCCGUCAAGUAGUGCUGUGGAAGACGGGUUUUUGAAGCGGUGCUGUUCCUGGCUGCUCUUAAUGAACAUGUCUUACCGUCCCUGGCUUUUUUGGUGUGCUUUUAAAAACACAAAAAAGUAGCUCUAACUGAGAGCAUUUCUUGCGUGUAUAAAUUUUAUUGCAGGUUUAAGUUUUCCUACAAAACCAUGGUAACUAAUAAAAUGGCUUGGAUUUCAUUUUCCUCGGAUAUCAUUUUGCAACAGUAGAUGGCAGUAAUACCAGAGCAGUGCCACAGAAAAUCAGCAUUUUAUGCCUUCAUAUAGUUAACUUUCCAGCUGCUUUUUUUUUUUUCCUAGGAAGUCAGUUACUUUAAAGAAAUUAUUCUGAAGGUACUUAGGAACUUCGGGAAGACAGCAAGGGAACAAAAAAAGUGCUGUUUUUCUCUGCUAAUAAGGCAAAUCUCCUAAGAACAUGGUGGUGGUUGAUUUAAUUAUGUAAUUACAUUGAAGCCUCCUUGUGCAAUUUAUUGAACUACUGAAAUCUUUGGAGGGAGACAAGUAUAAAAUUUAGUACUAUAGUAGACUCUUGUAAGGAACAGCCCACAAAACUGCAUCUUUUAAGGCAACUUCUGUGGAGGUGGUAAAAUAUUAGCAACUACGCUUUAUGUUACCCAAAAUUGUUGUCAGGGUCGAAGUCCACUUGGAGGGAGGAUUUUUAAGGACACGAGCUUGAAACCUUUACAAUCUCCAACGCUUGUGAAAAACAGCACAAACCGAUUACUCUGAGAGCAUCUUAAUUCAACAGUCCUGCCGUGAAUUCAGCGUAGUUCGCACAUUUGCUCAAAUAGCUCAUUUAAAAAUCGUACUAGGCUUGAGGUUUCCUGUUGGUCUAUCGAGCAUCUCUGCUUUACUAUAUUUCAAAGACAUUAAACCCUAUUAAAAAUGAAACUGCCUUAAAUCAUAACCAUAGCAUAUUUUAAGCAAGCAGUACCAGCUUGACCUCUGGAAAAGUGGUGUUUUGAAUAAAUGCUGGAGUAUGAGCU